GAGUAAAUGGCCUGAGAGAAAGGACAGGCAUACAUGUAGCAUGUAGGGGUAUGAAACAACUCAUAGUAUGUAGGGAUGUAUGUGCACCACUGCUUCCAAGACAUCUUGCAUUUUUCAUUUCUAUCAUCCCUAACUUUCAGGAGGUAUCACUUGGAAAUGUUCAUAUCAUGUCAGUCCGAGGACAUCACCAACAUCACAGUCUUCCGUGGCACCAGUAUCAUACUCACCACAACUGACAACAGAGAGAGUGCCAUCACAAACUAUACUGACCGUACCAGGAAUGGCAACAACUACUAGACGUGCAGUCACAACGACAACAACCCAAUACACAGCAGCACAGUUAGAAAACAGAGGGCUUUCAACAACUGGUACCAUCAUCAUAGCGUUCUCUAUGAUACUGGUUGUUGGUCUCAUUGCUGGUGCACUCUUUGUUUUAUGGCGAAAAAGGUGGCGAAAAGAGACACAAUCACAGCCGCAAACAGAUGACAUUGAAGUAGAUGAACAGCCUGUGACUCCAGACACGGAGAAUUCCAUAGAAACCAAUCCAAAGGAAUCGGUUUCAUACAGCACCAUCUUUCUUUCGGGUAGCUUUGGAGAGACAGACACUGAUUCAGUGCCAGGAUACACAAGAGGGAAUUUCGGGGUCCAGGAGCAAAACAGGGGAAGCUUUACUGGCGACGGGUUUGAAAAUCCUCUGUUUGCUGGGAUAAGACUAAAGGAAAAGGAAAGCAGGCGAGGGUCAGGGCAAAGCAAGCAGGAGUCAACUCCUUUGGAAAGUAAAGAGGAAUCUGGAGGAACUGGAAGCAGAUGUGUUUCUGUUGAGAAGUCUGGGGGUGCGAAACGCCUGUCACUGGAUGUCAAUAUGUUCAGGAAGAGGUCAUCAGGGGAGAAGCGAAAGUCGAGAGAGUCGUCUGGGUUUGAGAAUCCAGCAUAUGAGGACACACCAGAGGGAAGCCCAGGGAAUGGUGUUCUUCAUUACGAGGAUGCACUGGACUUGGGAGAGUUUGUUGGGGUGCAUGAGAAUGAUUUGAUGGAGAUUGCAGAUUAUUAUAUAGAGGGUGAUUUAGUGCUACAUGUUGACACAGAUGGAGACUAUGAGACAAUGGGCGGAGUGGAAGAGGGGGAUCUUGCACUCCCUACUGACACAGACGGAUACACGACAAUGGGCGGGGCGGAGGAUAGGGAUUUUGUGCUACCUGCUGACACAGAUGGACACUACGCAACAAUGGGUGGCACCGAAGAGGGGGAUCUUGCACUACCUACUGACACAAGCGGAUAUGCUACCAUGAUCAGAGUUGAGGAGGGGGAUCUUGUACUACCUACUGACACAAGCGGAUAUGCUACCAUGGGCAGAGGUGAGGAGGGGGAUCUUGUACUCCCUACUGACACAAGCGGAUAUGCUACCAUGGGCAGAGUUGAGGAGGGGAUCUUGCGCUACCUGUUGACACAAAUGGAUACUACAUGA